AUGGAUAAUGUUCAAUGGGUUCACGCGAAACCAAAUAGUAAUGGAUAUUCUAAUGAAACAAACUAUUACAAAAACACCAAUGUUAAUUUUAACAUUAAUUCGAAUGGUCAUUCGAAACAAUUUCAACGUGGUACUUUUAACAAGAGAACACCGCGUAACAGAUGGAUACCAAAUUAUGAGAGGGAAAACGCUUUACGUCAAUACUACCAACCACAACAUAUUGAGUUUUAUCUUGCAAGCAUUAACAUCAAUGAAUAUCAAGAAUCUGUCGAUGCUGUUAAUGAUUACAAGUUGAAAUUUAGAUACAAGUAUCUUGAAGAAGGAAUCUCGAUUUUUUUGAACGAAAAUAAUGCAAAGAUUUAUAUUCCUAUUAAUUCUUUGGAAGCUAUCUCUAAGGUGCAAUUUAAUCUCAUAGUAUUAACAUUGAAAAAGAACUGCUCCAAUUUGAUUUCAUAUGCUUCAAAGGAUGGUUUCGUUGGCGAUGAUCCUAUACGUAAAAAUUUGAACAGAACGUCGUCUAUUAGCAUGAUUGCUCAGGAAAGAACACCACAACAGGCUAUAGACAUUGCUGGAUUGCACAUACAUUAUCUUGUGAAUAAGAAUAACAAAUACAAGGACAAUAAAACUUAUAUUGCAAAUUGGGGUUAUAUGACUAGCUUACGCUUGACUCAGGGUGAAGAUUUUUUAAUUAAGUGUCACUUAGAUGAUGAUAUCCGUAUUCUACGUUUCAAAUCCCACUCUCAAUUCGAAGAUAUUAAGCACGCCAUUAUUGAUGCCUCUAAUGUCCAUAAUAUAACAAAGAUUUAUUAUAAAGAUGAUGAUGGUGAACAUAUUACCAUAGUUAACACCGCCGAUUUCGAAACUGCUUUGAAAUUGUAUAAAAAAGACAAUAAACUGGAGAUUUGGU